AAGGUCAGUUUGUAGAACGGCGAACAUUGCAUGGACCGACAGACGAGAAAGAGAAUGACUAAGCGAUAACACUAUCAAUGUUUACCUUCACGCAUUUACGGAGGAGUUUUCAGAAGAAAAUACAUGUACCACAAAAUACUGCGCGUUUAUUCUCUGAAAUAAAAGUCAUGUCGGAAAAAGCUUUAGGCAGAGGAUCUCAAUGCCCACCGCUAGCUCCGGGGACUCUUCGUUUGUACAGCAUGAGGUUUUGUCCAUACGCACAGCGAACACGACUGGCGCUUUUGCACAAAAAUAUUGAAUUUGAGACAGUCAACAUUAACUUGAAACAGAAACCGGACUGGUUUCGGGCGCGCAACCCGAUCGGCUUGGUUCCUGUUUUAGAAUUUGACGACAAGAUUGUGUACGAGUCAAACGUUUGUAACGAGUACCUAGAUAACAUAUACCCCACCCCUAAACUUAUCCCGACAGACUUCUACCGGGCAAGUCGAGAUAAGAUGUUAUGGGAGACUUUUGGAAAGGUUACCGAGUUGUUUUACGAGAUACCUAAAUCAGUAGCCGAUGGAUCAUUAGAUAAGUGUAUCCGUCGGUAUGAACGACAACUGAGGCGCUACGAAUCUGAGCUCUCCAACAGAGGAGAAUACUUCGGAGGCAGUUCCCCUUGUAUGGUCGAUUUUAUGAUCUGGCCAUGGUUUGAGAGAAUCCCGGUGUUGACCAUUAUAGCCCCAGAAGCUGAAAUCGAUCCAAACAAAUUCCCACACCUAAAAUCUUGGAUGAAAUUGAUGAUGGAACUUCCGGCGGUGCGAGAAACUUAUGAAGAGCCCACGUCGCACGUCCAUUUCUUCUCGUCACUUAGAGCGGGAAACCCGGACUAUGAUUAUGGUUUAAAAUAGAAAAUUAUGAUAUGUACUCAAAACACAUUAAAGUUUCCAAUGCACAUUGUACAAAGAAACGUCAUAUGCAAGCUUUCUAGAUAUGUUGUUACUUCUAUAUUUAUCGAUUCAUGAACAUGGUGAUUUUUUUUAUAUUUAUGUCAAUAAAUAAUCUCAAAUAUAGAUCUAAUAUUUCGAUUGUAUUUUGAGAUUACGAUUAUU